AUGCAUCUGCACAACACGGCGAAACACGUGUCUGGCCUUUUGGCAGGUACAUAUUCUGUUAGCGCGGUGAAUCAUUCAGCACUUGCAAGGUUAGUUGUGGUUUUUGCCGCUUGAACUGGACCCUAACCCAGAUGGAAUAUAUGGGUCCGAAGAAAAAAAGCGGCUUGCAACAAUGCCUGACGUUUUUGCUUACCCCGGCAUUUGGGCUAUUGGUUUUUUUCCAUCAUUUUUUUAUUUGACAGAUAAGUAUAUGCAAACACAAAAACUGCAUUCCACCUGCAUAUACGUUGAAUUUGACGCUUUUGUCUGUCCAUGCGUAUGAGAUACUGACAGGGUUUUUGUUAACGUUAAGUGUCGUUAAAUUCUGACCGUUUAUUUCAGCAGAAAUAGACGCAUUACUGGCCAUUCUUAUUCUCUGAAUGUAACACUCUGGUUGGGCGCUGUGACGAUAGGUAUGCUAAGUCACGGACGAGCGCUUGCCGGCUAUACAAGUCGCUCAAUUAAUUGCAAUGCGAAAAAAGCGACUUACGACCUGAUAGUGGGAGAGACCGCCGACAGCAAACACGGAUGCUCGCUCCCAACGUUUUCCUAUUCAAUUUCAACUGACAGGCAGAAUCCCUGUGCUCCGAUUGGUUGUAGGUAAGCGUACAGCUCGUCUGGCCAAUAAUGUCUUAGCCGUCGUCAGUGACGGAUUUUAAGUCGGUAAGGAAGCGUACGUGGCUCGGUCCCACCUCUCCCUCUUCGCUGCUUUACCUGAAUGUGUGCGUGUAUGCGUGCGUGUUAGUGUAAGCUCAGCCUUUCGAAUGGCAGGAGUCAGUGAGCUCACUAGAAUUCACAAUGUCAUGUAGCCCCGGCGGGCACUGAGAGUCAAAAUAUCUUCCUGAAUGCGAAGACGGCUGGCUCAACUCACCCCAAGCGGCUUAUCUGGUCGAUCAGCUGGACAGCUGGCAACGACCACCGUCUGCUUCUCGCCCGUCAGUUUGUUUUCGUCUCUUGCCGGCAAAUUCAAUCAGUCCUUCGCUUGGUCGUCCUUCUCAACCUGCGCGCAUCGGGCCAAAGCUCAAUUCGCACAAAGGGCAGAUGCUCCUCCGUGCCAAAGAAACUCUCCUUCCUGGUCGAGCCCACCCCCGUCGCCGCCGCCUCCUCCGCUUCCUCCGCAUCCAUCUCCCCCAGCGUCCCCACCGCGAACUGUAAAUUGACAGGUAACAAGACCCUAGUACGUCAGCGGCAGAUUCAGAAUGCAACACCGUCUGAGGGCAGAAGUGUGGCUCGACCAGCCAUGCAGACACUAUCGAGUAUCACUGCGAAGUUGCCGAUCAUUGCCCGGCUGGCGGGUAGAGAGCAGAAUGCGUUUGUUCAGUCUGCCUCCAGUGAUCCCAUACUCCACCAUCGCUACCUCUCGAAUGACGGUGCUGCUCGACUGGCUCGUUGGACUCAAGCUGUUGGCAUCACUGAAAAUAGUAUUCUAAAAACCUCCAGUAGGAGGCAGCAUGGACUGUGCAGGGCGGCCACACGAUGCAGGGUGCGUCUGUCGGAGGUCCAGGGAAAAACAACGGUCUCGGAUCAAACUCGAACUGGGAGCCAUCUGGAUGUCCGGCGGCGUGCACGCUCUCCAUCUGCGACCCCUGUGCACAGAGUGCGUGUCCCACAAACUGCCCAACCGCUGCCAAGUAAUGGUAAAGCCUCCCCUCUCCCUAAUCGUCUGGCAUCUCGCGCCGAACAAUUUGCCCGGACUCGGACAAAAAGCGCACCAACCAGAGCGGUAAGACCGACUUUGGAGGGAUCCCCAACUGACAGAGUGCAUAGGGACUCUGAUGCGACCACCUCAGGGCUGGAAGGACAAGAAGACUCUGUCACCUGCGGUCCAAAUGCAGACCUCCCCAUUUCUGGCAGUACUGUAAUCAAUAUACCCGUUUUGGGAUUCUUUCGCAGCGGCCGGACCAGCCUUCUUGAGAGUCUGGUCCAGGCGCAGCCCGUUUAUUCCGCGAGCAAGGACGCCGCUGGCGCUGGCAGUCGCGAUGGCCCGAGUUACUACUGUCCCAUUGUUUACUUCAACGACCAGCUUUAUCAGAUUCGGCUAAUUGACUGUCCCACCAUUACGCACGAAUUUCCCACCUCCACCCUCGAGGAGUGGACCAAUUUCAGAGGCUGGGGCCUCCAUCUGGCUGACCUCUUCAUUCUUGUUUUUGAUAUCACCUCCCAGCCCUCCUUCCAAUACGUGAGGGCCCUUCGUGAACAGAUCCUCAUGGCCAACAUUGACGUGCCCAUGGUCAUUGUGGCCAACAAGAUCGACUUGCUCAAACGCGCCACGCCUGCGGUGCGACAAUUUGCUGAUCUGCCUACCUCAGGGGGCCAAAUGCGACGGCUCAACAGGAACCUCUUUUGUCGCAGCCAUGGCAAUGCCAGCAAGGGGAGCAAUAAUUCCGUUGGCCGUCUGGACCUGCCUCAGUCCUUGGGGUUUCCCUCAGCCCUGCAACUCAGCUCAGCAGUUCCCUCAGGCAAAAAUAUGGUUCGACGGGAGCUGGCUGUGCUGAUUAAGAAACACUGGAAAAAUUGUGUUCUGGUGGAAUGCUCCGCCAUUUACAACUUCAAUGUUCUCAGUAUCCUCAAGGAGGUCAUGAAGUUUGUGCAGUGUAGGGAAGCCGGACCGAAACCAACGGCGGCGCAGGCAGUUCAAGCCGCCUGGGUUCGAAAUCAGUGCUCCAUUCUGUAA